CGGGCGGGUCCCACGUGCUGCCUUUAAUUAGAAGAGGCCCCUCAAAGUAGGUGUAUUUAUUAACGCACCCCAACUCCUUCAAAUUCCCAACCAAACCCCCAACCAACAAUUUACGCAGCACUGUCACACCCCUUCAUAUCUACUUCGCUCCUGCUCAAAUUCUGCAGAAAAAGCUCGGUGCCGCCCUCCAGAUUUGCAUGCUUGCAUUUCGUUGGAUCAUCUUCUUGACCUCGUAUAAUGCGUUUGAGGAAGCCAAUUGGGUUGAGAAGAAGAGAUUGAUAACUUUUUUUUUUUUUUCAGCAUUUUCUCACUUCUGGUCUCCUUCUGUGAAGACACUACAGAAUGUCAGAAGCCCAAAGGAGACUGGUAACAGUCAAUGCCAAGCCAACUAAUGGCUAUGUAAAUGGCGCUAUUCCAUCAAGGUCUCCAACAAUGGUAGCUGAGGUGGAUGAGUUCUGUUAUGCACUUGGGGGGAAGAGGCCAAUUCAUAGUAUUUUGAUUGCCAACAAUGGAAUGGCAGCUGUUAAAUUUAUACGUAGCAUUAGAACCUGGGCUUAUGAAACAUUUGGUUCAGAUAAGGCAAUAUUGUUGGUGGCGAUGGCUACUCCAGAGGACAUGAGGAUAAAUGCUGAACAUAUCAGGAUAGCUGAUAAAUUUGUAGAAGUUCCUGGAGGGACUAACAAUAAUAACUAUGCAAAUGUGCAGCUCAUUGUCGAGAUGGCUGAGAUAACGCAUGUUGAUGCUGUUUGGCCUGGCUGGGGUCAUGCAUCUGAGAAUCCAGAGCUACCUGAUGCUUUAAGUGCAAAAGGCAUCAUAUUUCUUGGGCCUCCAGCUUCAUCAAUGGCAGCAUUGGGAGAUAAAAUUGGGUCAUCGUUAAUUGCUCAAGCUGCAGACGUACCAACACUUCCAUGGAGUGGCUCUCAUGUGAAAAUUCCUGCCGAUAGCUGUUUGGUAACUAUCCCAGAAGCCAUUUAUCAGGAAGCGUGUGUACAUACAACAGAAGAAGCCAUUUCCAGCUGCCAAGUUGUCGGUUAUCCCGCGAUGAUUAAAGCAUCUUGGGGUGGAGGUGGCAAAGGCAUAAGAAAGGUCCACAAUGACGAUGAGGUUAAAGCUUUGUUCAAGCAAGUCCAGGGUGAAGUUCCUGGCUCUCCCAUAUUUAUAAUGAAGGUUGCUUCCCAGAGCCGACAUCUUGAGGUCCAGCUGCUGUGUGAUCAAUACGGAAAUGUGGCAGCUCUGCACAGCCGUGACUGUAGUGUUCAAAGGAGACACCAAAAGAUUAUAGAAGAGGGUCCAAUUACAGUUGCCCCCCUCGAGACAAUAAAGAAACUUGAGCAGGCUGCUAGAAGGUUGGCUAAAAGCGUAAAUUAUGUUGGAGCUGCAACAGUGGAGUAUUUGUACAGUAUGGAAACUGGGGAAUAUUACUUUCUGGAGCUAAAUCCACGGUUGCAGGUGGAGCAUCCUGUCACUGAGUGGAUUGCUGAGAUAAAUAUUCCUUCAGCACAAGUUGCAGUUGGGAUGGGUAUCCCUCUGUGGCAAAUCCCAGAGAUACGUCGAUUUUAUGGAAUGGAAUAUGGUGGAGGAUAUGAUGCUUGGAGGAAAACAUCUUGUCUUGCUACUCCAUUUGAUUUUGAUAAGGCAGAGUCAACGAGGCCGAAAGGGCAUUGUGUAGCAGUUCGUGUGACAAGUGAAGACCCUGAUGAUGGUUUUAAACCAACAAGUGGAAGAGUACAGUCAUUUGGAUUGCUUUCUAACUCAAAUGACUCCGAACAGGAGCUCAGUUUCAAAAGUAAGCCUAAUGUGUGGGCAUACUUUUCUGUCAAGUCUGGAGGUGGUAUUCAUGAAUUUUCAGAUUCCCAAUUUGGCCAUGUCUUUGCUUUUGGAGAAUCCCGACCUUUGGCCAUCGCUAAUAUGGUACUUGGCCUUAAAGAGAUCCAAAUUAGAGGCGAAAUUCGUACAAAUGUCGAUUACACCAUUGAUCUCUUACAUGCUUUAGAUUACAAGGAAAACAAAAUCCACACAGGAUGGCUGGAUAGCAGAAUUGCAAUGAGAGUGAGAGCAGAAAGGCCCCCUUGGUAUCUUUCAGUGGUUGGAGGAGCUCUUUAUAAAGCUGCUGCUAGUAGUGCUGCCACGGUUUCGGAGUAUGUUGGUUAUCUUGAAAAAGGACAAAUUCCCCCAAAGCAUAUUUCGCUGGUGAAUUCUCAGGUUUCACUGAACAUUGAAGGAAGCAAGUACACAAUAAAUAUGGUAAGAGGAGGUCCUGGAAGCUAUAAAUUGAGGAUGAACGAUUCAGAGCUGGACGGGAACAGUCAUGUUAUAUAUGCAGAAGAGGAAGCAGCUGGAACACGUCUUCUUAUUGAUGGGAGGACUUGCUUACUUCAGAACGAUCAUGAUCCAUCCAAGCUGGUUGCAGAGACACCAUGCAAGCUACUAAGGUACCUGGUUGCAGAUGGCAGCCAUGUCGAUGCUGACAUGCCCUAUGCAGAAGUCGAGGUUAUGAAGAUGUGCAUGCCCCUUCUUUCACCUGCCUCUGGAAAAAUUCAUUUUCAGAUGGCAGAAGGUCAAGCAAUGCAGGCCGGAGAGCUUAUAGCAAGACUUGAUCUAGAUGAUCCCUCUGCUGUACGGAAGGCAGAACCUUUCCAUGGUAGCUUCCCCAUUUUAGGACCUCCAACUGCCAUAUCUGGAAAAGUUCAUCAAAGAUGUGCUGCAAGUUUAAAUGCGGCUCGAAUGAUUCUUGCUGGAUAUGAGCAUAACAUUGAUGAAGUAAAGUCCUCUGGCUCUAUUACCUUUUGCAGAAGAGAAUUUAUUGAUGCUGGAAGAGUUGUUCAAAACUUACUCAGUUGCUUGGACAAUCCAGAGCUCCCUUUCCUUCAGUGGCAAGAAUGCUUUGCUGUUCUGGCCAACAGACUACCAAAGGAUCUUAGAUGUGAGUUGGAAACAAGAUACAGGGAGUUUGAGGGAAUUGAGAGCUCUCAAAACGUUGACUUCCCUGCCAAAGUUUUACGUGGUGUUCUUGAGGCCCAUCUAAACUCCUAUUCUGAGAAAGAAAAAGGAGCUCAAGAGCGACUGGUUGAGCCUCUGAUGAGUCUUGUCAAAUCCUAUGAGCGUGGUAGGGAAAGCCAUGCCCGCAUCAUAGUUCAGGGUCUUUUCGAAGAGUAUUUGUCAGUAGAAGAAUUAUUUAGUGACAAUAUACAGGCUGAUGUGAUUGAGCGCUUAAGACUUCAAUAUAAGAAAGAUCUUCUCAAAAUUGUGGACAUUGUACUUUCCCAUCAGGGAAUUAGGAGCAAAAAUAAACUGAUACUACGCCUCCUGGAACAACUUGUGUAUCCUAAUCCUGCUGCAUACCGUGAUCAACUAAUCCGCUUUUCUACACUCAACCAUACGAACUACUCCGAGUUAGCAUUGAAAGCAAGCCAACUCCUAGAGCAGACAAAACUUAGUGAGCUUCGUUCCAGUAUUGCAAGAAGUCUUUCGGAGUUGGAAAUGUUCACUGAAGAAGGUGAAAGCAUGGAUACACCCAAGCGGAAGAGUGCUAUAAAUGAACGAAUGGAAGCUCUUGUGAAUGCUCCCCUAGCAGUUGAAGAUGCACUCGUUGGUCUUUUUGACCAUGGUGAUCACACACUUCAAAGAAGAGUUGUUGAGACAUAUGUGCGCAGGCUAUACCAGCCGUACCUCGUAAAGGGGAGUGUCAGGAUGCAGUGGCACAGAUCUGGACUUAUAGCAUCAUGGGAGUUUAUGGACGAGCAUAUAGAUAGAAAGUGUGGAUCUGAAGUUGAGAUUUCGAAUGAAUCACCAUUUGAAAAGCAGAGUGCGAGGAGGUGGGGAGCAAUGGUUGUCAUCAAAUCACUCACUUUGUUGCCUACUGCAGUAACUGCUGCUUUGAAGGAAGCAACACAUAACCUUCAAGCUACAAUAUCAAAUGGAUCCAUGUAUCCAACUGCUUGUGGUCACAUGAUGCACAUUGCUUUGGCUGGUAUCAACAACCAGAUGAGUCUGCUUCAGGACAGUGGUGAUGAGGAUCAGGCUCAAGAGAGAAUCAACAAGUUGGCCAAAAUAUUGAAGGAGAAAGAAAUAAGUUCGAGCCUUAAAAAUGCUGGAGUUGAGGUUGUCAGCUGUAUUAUUCAGAGAGAUGAAGGACGGGGGCCGAUGAGGCAUUCCUUCCAUUGGUCAGAAGGAAAGCUCUAUUAUGAGGAGGAACCUCUAUUGCGUCACUUGGAGCCACCUCUAUCAAUAUACCUUGAGCUGGACAAACUAAAAAAAUAUGAGAAUAUACGGUACACUCCUUCUAGGGAUCGUCAGUGGCACCUCUACACAGUUGUUGACAAGCCACUUCCCAUCCAGAGGAUGUUCCUCAGAACACUCGUGAGGCAGCCUUUGUCAAAUGAAGGUCUCGCUGUUCUAGAUCAAGGAGUGAAUCAAUCUUUCUGGUCUCUGUCCUUCACUUCAAGAAGCAUCUUGAGGUCCUUAACAUCUGCAAUGGAGGAACUUGAACUCAAUGCUCAUAAUUCUGCUAUUAAAUUUGACCAUGCUCAUAUGUACCUUUAUGUCUUGCGAGAGCAGCAAAUAGAUGACCUCUUGCCAUAUCACAAAAGAGUUGACAUUCCUCAUGGCAAUGAAGAAGCUGCAGUUGAGAAAAUUCUGGACGCCAUGGCACAAGAAGUUAAUGCAUCUGCUGGUGUCAAAAUGCAUCGUUUAGGAGUUUGUGAGUGGGAAAUUAAGCUUUGGAUAUCAUCUGAAGGAGAUGCUAAUGGGGCUUGGAGAGUUGUGGUCACAAAUGUAACUGGUCACACCUGCAUCGUGCAUGUUUACAGAGAAGUUGAGGACUCCAGCAAAGAGAUAAUGUACCAUUCCACUUCUGGACAGGCUCCUUUGCAUGGAUUGCCUGUAAGUGCACAGUAUAAGCCUUUGGGAGUUCUUGACCAGAAACGCCUUGUAGCCCGAAAAAGCAGCACGACUUAUUGCUAUGACUUCCCUCUGGCUUUCAACGCAGCUCUGAUCAAAUCGUGGGCGGAGAAUCCCAAUAUCAACAAACCAAAAGAUAAACCAUUAGUCAACGUCACUGAGUUGACUUUUGCCGACAAGAAAGGAAGUUGGGGCACUCCUCUUGUUCCCAUUAAUCGUCAGCCAGGGCUUAACGACGUUGGCAUGGUAGCCUGGCGCAUGGAGAUGUCCACACCCGAAUUCCCUUCCGGAAGAACUAUAUUAAUCGUGUCAAACGACGUGACUUUCAAAAACGGUUCAUUUGGUCCGAAAGAAGAUGCUUUCUUUCAAGCGGUGACCGACAUUGCUUGCUCCCAGAAAAUACCUCUCAUCUAUCUAGCAGCCAAUUCCGGAGCCCGUAUUGGCGUGGCCGAGGAAGUGAAAUCCUGCUUCAGAGUCGGCUGGUCAGACGAAACGAACCCCGAGCGCGGUUUCCAAUACGUUUACUUAACUCCCGAAGAUUAUUCGCGCAUCAAGACUUCUGUGAUAGCGCACGAGCUUAAACUCCCUAAUGGAGAAAUCAGAUGGGUAAUCGAUACGAUUGUUGGCAAGGAAGACGGUUUAGGAGUUGAAAACUUAACUGGCAGUGGAGCAAUUGCAAGCGCGUACUCAAAGGCGUAUAACGAGACUUUUACCGUAACAUAUGUGACUGGGAGAACUGUCGGAAUCGGUGCUUAUCUCGCGCGUCUCGGAAUGCGGUGUAUACAGAGACUCGACCAGCCGAUUAUUCUGACGGGCUUCUCGGCCUUGAACAAGCUUCUGGGCCGCGAGGUUUACAGCUCCCACAUGCAGUUAGGUGGGCCCAAAAUCAUGGCCACGAACGGAGUCGUUCAUCUCACGGUCUCGGAUGAUCUCGAGGGCGUAUCGGCUAUUUUGAAGUGGUUGAGCUUUGUUCCUCCGUAUUGCGGGGGCCCGCUUCCUGUCGUGAGCCCGUUGGAUCCUCCUGAUAGGAUAGUUGAGUAUUUGCCGGACACGUCGUGUGAUCCGCGUGCGGCUAUAUGUGGGAAUGUUGACGGCAAUGGGAAGUGGGCUGGGGGUAUUUUCGACCGAGAGAGUUUUGUUGAGACUUUGGAAGGGUGGGCGAGGACGGUUGUCACGGGUCGGGCGAAGCUUGGAGGGAUACCUGUUGGGGUUGUUGCUGUGGAGACUCAGACGAUGAUGCAGGUAAUCCCAGCAGACCCCGGUCAGCUAGAUUCCCACGAGAGGGUGGUCCCACAGGCAGGACAGGUGUGGUUUCCCGAUUCAGCAACCAAGACAGCCCAGGCACUGAUGGACUUCAACCGUGAAGAGCUCCCUCUCUUCAUCAUUGCCAACUGGCGAGGCUUCUCUGGCGGGCAGAGGGACCUCUUCGAAGGCAUCCUCCAAGCUGGCUCCACCAUUGUCGAGAAUCUCCGAACCUACAAACAGCCCGUCUUCAUAUACAUACCCAUGACAGGCGAGCUUCGUGGUGGGGCCUGGGUUGUCGUCGACAGCAAGAUCAAUCCCGACCACAUCGAGAUGUAUGCCGAAAAAACGGCUAAAGGGAACGUCCUCGAGCCCGAGGGCCUGAUCGAGAUCAAAUUCCGAACCCGCGAAUUGCUCGAAUGCAUGGGAAGGCUCGAUCCAGAGCUCGUCAGCCUAAAGUCAAAGCUUGCGGAAGCUGGAGAGUCACGGUUUGUUCUAGAAGAUUUGAUAAAAGCCCGGGAGAAGAAGCUUCUCCCACUCUACACUCAGAUAGCGACGAAAUUUGCCGAGCUGCACGACACUUCCCUGAGGAUGGCUGCGAAAGGGGUGAUUAAGAGAGUUGUGGAGUGGGCCCACUCGAGAGCGUUUUUCUACCGGAGGCUGCACAGGAGAGUCGCGGAAGAUUCGCUUGUGAGGGCUGUGAGGGAAGCUGGGGGACAUGGAGUUGGGUAUAAGGCUGCAAGGGACUUGAUUAAGGGAUGGUUCUUGGGCUUGGAUGGUGUGGGGAGGAAUGAGAGCUCGUGGAUGAAUGACGAAGCUUUUUUUUCGUGGAUGAAUGAUAUGGGAAACUAUGAGGAGAGGCUGAGAGAGUUGCGCGUGCAGAAAGUGUUGGCGCAGUUGUCCGAGCUUGGGAAUUCAUCCGUGGAUUUACAGGUCUUACCGCAAGCCUUAGCUGGUUUGCUGAAAAAGACGGAACCUUCAGUUCGGGAUCGGCUGAUAGAUGAACUGAGAGGAGUUCUCUCCAAUGAAUGAAGGCCAAUUGUGGAAUACGGUUCACCUCUUUCUGUGUGUAUACAUGGUUUUGUACAAUUGUACAAGAUUUCUGAGAGUUAAAAGGAGCUCGUGAACCUGUUCUCGUCUGCAGAUUUCAACUUGGAUGAGGUACCACUGUAAUUAGUUGGAAAGUGUUCUUGUACGUGCGUAGAAGUUGUAAUUAUGCCGAAGAUUGAUUACUCGUUUUUAAGUUUCCGAGCAGCUACUGUGUUACAUCAAGUUUAUGUGUUUCUUUAUCCAAUUCAUUAAUAAAAAUAAUGUUUAUGAAUAUUAUCAGCUCAAUUCUCCACUUUUAUGUAUCACCAAUUCGAGUACCUAUGUUUGAUUAAUUUUGAGUAGUUGUGCUUUUGGGCUAUGCAUAGACAAAUGC